CCAAACAGACGGCCCUUGUUCACUCCUUCCAAAUUCCAGUUCUUCUCUUUUUCUCUGUCUCUUCUAUCCUCCUCUCUGCAUUUUAACCCUUUUCACUUUAUUUUUCGCUCCACUUCUCAAGUCUGGAAAAAGAGGAACUCAGAAAAUCCAUGGCGGAAGCCAAACCUAGAUCUCAAUUCUCCACUUCUUAAUCUCUUGUGUUGAUUCAGGAAUCCUACGGUUUACUGAUUUGUAGAGACGGUUAAGUCCAAUUUGGAUCGGAGAAAUGGCGACUCUGCAAAAAUUCAAGCUCUUAGCGACGCAGUGUGCCGUAGCGGGAAGCCCGACCCGGAGCCCAUCUGCGAGCCCGGUAAUCCACCUCCGUCGCCGGAAAACUCUCCGUAUGCUGCUCAGCCGCGGCGGAGGGAGCGGUAGCGGACGGAGGCUUCCGCCGCGGGACAAUUGCUCGCCGGAUCAGCUCGUGGAACGCCGAGAUUCUCCGGAGAAGGGGGCGAGCCACAAGCUUAAGCUCAGGGACUUGUUUGUGUCGUCGCCUCCGUCGUUCGAGGAGCGGCCGUCUACAAAUGCAGGAGGACAGGGGCUCCCUCCGGCGGCGAAUUUCGCCAGUGGUCGUGCCGGUGGAGGCUCCGUCAUUCGGAGAUUCGGGGACCGCUCGCCUCGACCGUUAUCGGCGACGAUACGUCAACGGUUACUUAGGCGAGCUUGGCGGCCGGUGCUGGUGGCCAUACCUGAGUAAUUUUUAUUUUUUUUUUGGAUUUGUACGGAUAACCAUAGAUUAAUUAAAUUAAAUAAAUACGGAUUAAGUUUUUCGAAUCCGUACUUGUUCUAUAUAAGAUUAUAAGUUAAUUAAUUUUAUUUAAGAAAUUUUUGAAGUAUUAUUUGUGCCAAAA